UAGCUGAACGUGCUCGUGUCUCGGGGCUCGACUGAUCUGCCUUAUCAGAUAUCCGGUAACGUUAGAGCGCCUACGUCACCAUGGAUGUAUUUUGAGAACGUCACAGACACGUGCUAACACACCCACGCCAAACAACUGGACGGUAGCUGUUGACGUUAGCGGUUAACGUUAGCUGGUAGCUGGAAGCUGGAAGCUGUUGGCUGUUAACGUUAGCUGGUAGCAGGAAGCUGUUGGCUGUUGGCUGUUAACGUUAGCUGGUAGCAGGAAGCUGUUGGCUGUUGGCUGUUGGCUGUUAACGUUAGCUGGUAGCUGGUAGCUGGAAGCUGGUAGCUUUUGGCUGCGUGACACCACUCCGAGCCAGCGUUAGUUUCCCCGAGCUGUCCGCGGACAGGCAGCGGGGGACAUGGCCGCUGCAGCUGUGGUCACCGUGCGACUGGUCCGCUCCUUCGAGCACAGAAACUUUAAGCCAGUAGUGUUUCACGGAGUCCGGUUAGACCAGACGGUGCACGACUUCAUACAGCUGGUCAGAGACGAUAUAGCAACACGGCAGGGGCUUCCUCCUCCUUUCAAGAAAUACGCCUAUGACACAAUGAAGAUUAUCCACCAAGCACAUGGAGCAAAGACUAAUGAGUUGGUGAUGAGUUUGGAGGACGAUGAAAAGCUGAUCCUGCAGGACGGCCAAACCCUUACAGCUGCUGGCGUUGCCAAUGAAACAGAAGUGGCCUUCUUUAGACAGGAAGACUACAGCGUCUAUAAAGCCAAUCCCCAAACUGCUUGGUGACCUCAGUAUUACUUUAGCUCAACAACCACGUUUCCAUCUUUUUUUUUUUUUUUUUUUUUUUUUUUUUUUUAAAUAUGCUGAAUAAUAAAGUUCUGGGACUGAUGAA